CUAAACCCACAACAGUACAAUCAGUCUGUAGAUGCAGUAAAGCAUGCUUGUUAUACUCACUGUGGAACCUAAGGGGUUAAUCCCCUGCAUUGUGUAAAAACGCUGUUUGAUCCUGUCUUCUCUGCCCUUUCUCUUGUUCAGAUGUCCACGCUGAUAAGACAGAGUGAACCCAUAGUCCAUUUGCACAUGUUCGGUUUAGUGUGUAUUGCUAGAGAGGUUUUUUUUUUUUCUUUUGAGAGUGCAUGUGAUCAGCACAGGGCCAAUCAGCGCUGUCCAGACAGAGGUCAGGGGUUCUGCAUCCUCCUAGAGCAGAAAGAAAACUCCUACAAUGCUCUGCUGAAGUCACAAGACUGCUCUAACUGCUGAUAAGAAAAGGUAUUUAUCAGUUUAUAUUUACUAAAAUAAUUGCAUUUCCAUAUUGUGUAUACUGUGGGAGAGCGGAUAUAGUGAA